AUGUCCGCCGCCGCCGCGUCAAGGCGUUUGGUUUCCGGUCUCCACCGCACCCUCUCACUUUCCUCCAGAUCCUACUCCUCCGCAGCAGUAGUCGUCACCCGUCCACGAUCUUCAUUUCAUCAAUUUAUGAGGGGAUUCGCUGCCAGUUCCGAUGCUCUGCUUCAGCAGCAGCAGCAGGAAAUUGUUUUUCCCUCGCGAAUCAUCGAACCCAAGCCCGGUGCCAUGUCCCCUUCGUCCAAGCGAACGGGACUCAUCGCCGUCAAGUGCGGGAUGACUGGCCUUUGGGACAAAUGGGGCGCUAGGGUUCCCAUCACCGUGCUCUGGGUCGACGACAACAUCGUCUCUCAGGUCAAGACUAUUGAGAAAGAAGGGAUUUUUGCCUUGCAGAUUGGUUGUGGCCAGAAGAAGGCGAAGCAUUUAACGAAGCCUGAAGUGGGUCAUUUCAGAGCUCAAGGUGUUUCUCUGAAGAGGAAAUUGAGGGAAUUCCCAGUCACUGAAGAUGCGCUGCUGCCCCUCGGAACUUCUCUUGGCGUUCGUCAUUUCGUUCCGGGCCAAUAUGUUGAUGUCACUGGAAUCACCAUGGGAAAAGGUUUCCAGGGUGGAAUGAAGAGGCAUGGGUUUAAAGGAGGGCCGGCGAGUCAUGGUGCAUCGUUAUCGCACAGAAGUAUUGGUUCUACUGGUCAGAGGGAUGCUCCUGGUAAGGUCUUUAAAGGGAAAAAAAUGCCUGGGCGUAUGGGUGGCAAGCAAAGAACGGUGAAGAACGUAUGGAUAUACAAGAUCGAUCCAGUUCGGAACUUGAUCUGGGUGAAAGGCCAAGUACCGGGAGCAGAAGGUAAUUUCGUGUUCAUAAAAGACGCGGUGUACAGGAAGCAUGAGAUUUCGUUGCUUCCUUUCCCAACGUAUUUCCGCGGAGAAGGCACAGAGGAUACGUUGGAACCUUUGGUCGCGGACCUUGGAGACGUAGAUCCAUUCAUGCUGGGAGAUUAG